UUGAGAGGCGGUUGGGAAAGGCACCUCUGACAAGGCUAUUUGGCGUGCCUUGCUGUGUAGAGAAGGAAGGAGAAGUUUUUUUUUGUUGAAGCAACCUUACCGGUAAUACCGUGGAGCAGCAUGGGUACCAAGGACGAUGAGUAUGACUACCUUUUCAAAGUUGUCCUGAUCGGUGACUCUGGUGUUGGAAAGUCUAAUUUGCUCUCCCGGUUCACACGGAAUGAGUUCAACCUUGAGUCCAAAUCUACGAUUGGUGUUGAGUUCGCCACUCGAAGCAUUCAGGUGGACGGCAAGACGAUAAAAGCGCAGAUCUGGGAUACAGCUGGACAAGAGCGGUACAGAGCUAUCACCAGCGCGUAUUAUCGUGGUGCAGUUGGUGCUCUAUUGGUAUACGAUAUUGCAAAGCAUUUGACCUACGAAAAUGUUGAGAGAUGGCUAAAAGAACUUCGGGAUCAUGCCGAUAACAACAUUGUCAUCAUGCUUGUCGGUAACAAGAGCGAUCUUCGCCAUUUACGAGCUGUGCCUACGGACGAGGCACGAGACUUCGCUGAGAAAAACAGUUUGUCCUUCAUUGAGACUUCUGCUUUAGAUUCGACUAAUGUUGAGACUGCAUUUCAAAAUAUUUUGACAGAAAUUUACCACAUUGUGUCUCAGAAACAGAUCCGGGACAGUGAUGGUGACGGUCCCCAGCCAAGCAAUGAUGUACAGACUAUUACUGUUGCUCCAACAACGGAAGACCCACAAAAGUCUAAGUGCUGUGGUGGCCUUAAAUAGAGAGCCGUACAUACUUUUGCCUUUCUGGUUUCUAUAUCUUUCUCUUCCUCUGUGCCAUACUGCCGUGCUCGAUGUGUUGCUAGAUGCCCCUUUCCUCAUGAUUCACUGGUGUAGCUGGCGUCUGCUUGCCUUGCAGUUGGUCUUUUAUGAGCAACCUGCUUUUCCGGGCCUGCGGUUGUGUUGCUAUUGCACAGCUCCAUUCCGAUGUUGCAGGCUUAAGCCCUUGCUCAACGUUGGUUUGUGACUUCUGGUUUUUAGGAAUAUUACUGGUUCCUUUUUUUUCAUUUCUACUUUUGUGUCGCAGUCCUUUUUGCCCCCUUUUCACGCUGGUCCAAAUUCUCGCUAUGUCCAGGCCACAUUUAUCAUUACUCUCUUGUACAGUCCCCCAGCUAUGAUACUUUGUCCAUGGUGGUUUCUCCUCUAUGUCUCUCCUGCACAAAAGCGUUAACUUUGUUCGUGCUGCAUGCCUGCUGUAGCUAUGCAGCUGGCAUACAAUUAUUGUAUUAAUGUAUAAUUUCAAAUUUCAUCUUUUCGUUUCCUGUAGGCGCCAUGUAAAUUUUCGCUGAAUUCUCACGGGAAACAUUAAUGACAUGUUAGUUAUUAACUAGGCCCUGACUGGUUGCUUUAGCUGCUUUGUCGCAGAUAUGAACUGCCUCAGCCCGCUUGUAUUCUUCUAUUUGCAGUUUUGAUAUCUGUUGGCAUUUUGAUGGAUGUGAGAAGUCGAUACAACUCA